CUCCUUUACGAUGGCUAGAGGACGGAAUCUCGGAAAGUCAGCGAGGCCUGCACCAUCUUCGCGCAAGACCGCAAACGCGCUCGGCUAUGCCAAACGGCAUACCCUGAAAUCGAAGGCCCUCUCGGCCGGGGAUCUUGGAGAUGUGUACGAAUAUCAGCAAGACAAGGUCCGCCGCUCGAAGGUCAAACUUGAGCUGGAGAGGGAUGAAGCGGGGGGCGCACGGAGCGGAAGUGAAGAGGAUGAAGACGGUCCGGCCACCAAGGGUCGAGAUGCGAGGCCAAGGCUGGUCGGAGAAAACGACGACGACGAUGCGAUAGGCGAGGAUGAAGACGAGGAGAUCGACAGUGACGAAGCGUUCGAAGAGAGUGAUAAUGAACGUUACGCCGGCUUCAGCUUCACUGAGAAGAAGAAGGCCGGGACAAAGUCCAAGUCGAAGAAAAGGGCCGACGCAGGCCGCGCAGUACGGUUCGCCGAGGUGGACCUCAAUGAGGAUAGUGAUGAAGUGCAAUCCGAAGCAGAGAUCGAGGACGCCUCUGAGGCCAGUGACGGGGACGACGAUGAUGAAGAGGAAGAGGGUGACCCGAGCGAGUUCAUAGAUGUCUUGGACGUCUUGGAUGGGCGAGGUGACCCAGAAAGCGAAGAUGAGCAUCAGGACGCCAAGAAAACAAGUAGUUUGAAGACGGACGCCGCACAGAUGAGCGAAGAUGAGGAGGAGGAUGAAGAGAUGAACAGUGAAGAGGAUUCGGAGGAGGACGAAGACGAAGACGACAAGAUGGGCUCAGCAUCCGAGCCAGAGGACGAAGAAGACGAUUCCGCCCUUCAGGACCUUGAGCAAUUUGUGUCUGGACUCGAUGCGGGACAAAAGCGAAAAGCUCCUGACGAGGACGACGGCAAAGAUGUCGACCCUAAGCCCGCGGCGAGGAAGAGGAGACUGCUUCCCGAGCGGACAGAACUUGGCGCAGAGAAUGAAUUUGCUCCCGCAUUAAGUGGUGGCAAGCUGAACCUCGAUGACCUGCUCGCCCCUCUCGAGGGCCAAUCAUCGAAUUUGGCAUCACUCAAGAAAUCCGCGAAGGUUCUUGCGUCUACAUCUGGCAAGGUCAGGACGUUGUCGGCACCUCUGCCACAACGUACUGCCGAGAAGUUGGACCGUGAGGCCGCUUACGAGCAGACGAAGGAGGAAGUCGACAAAUGGAAGGCUACGAUGCAGCGCAUCAAGGAGGCCGAGCAUCUGAGCUUCCCUUUGCAAGCUGAGCCCAAGAGCCGGACAUCCAAUUUGGAGCUUGCAGCGAAAUUCAAGCCGACGACAGAGCUUGAAAGCGCUGUGGAUAAGCUCCUGAAGUCUGCCAAGAUGCGCGAAGACGAGAUUGCCCAGACCGAGACGCUGAAAAUGAACCACCUCUCCGUCGAAGAGGUUGCCGCACGCCGCGCUGAGCUCGCGAAAAUGCGUGAACUUAUGUUCCGCGCGGAGGCGAAAGCUAAGCGUGUUGCAAAGAUCAAGAGCAAGACCUAUCGCCGCCUGAAGAAGAAGGAGCGUGCCCGUUUAGCGGAGAAGCUUGGAGAGGGCUCGGACGAUGACCUCGACGACGAAGAGGCGCGGCUCAAGCGGGAGGUUGACCGUGCCCGUGAACGCGCCACUCUGCGGCACAAGAAUACCGGCAAAUGGGCGAAGGCCAUGCGUGAAAGGGGGGAGCUCGACGAGGAUCAGCGGCGAGACAUCAACGAGAUGCUGGACCGCGGCGAGCGAUUACGAAAGAAGAUUCGUGGAGAGGGGGACAGCGGAGACGAGGACAGCGAUGACGACGCGAGUGACGAAGAGGGUGAGGACGGUGCCGCCCGCAUCAAAUCCCGGGCCUUCGACGAGCUCGCCGCGCUCGAUGUGGACGACACCGAGACUCCUGCAGGCAAGAGCAAGAGCAUCUUCGAGAUGAAGUUCAUGAGAGACGCCAUGGCCCGUGAACAGCGGAGAGCGGACGAGAUCGCCGACGACUUCGUCAAGGAGAUGGGCGGCGGAGACCCAGACGCCGACGACGAUGCGGACGCAGAAGACGGCGACCAGCCCUCCGGGGCUAUCAUUCAGCGCGUCGGCGGCCGCGUGGUCUAUCGUCCCGGUGCACUGAACACGGGUGUCCGUCCUGUUGGCUCACUUGCCUCCGAUACGUCGAGCGUCACCCUCAAGUCAACAGACCUUCCUCCCGAAGCCCGCGACAGCCCGCCCGAUAAUUCGCCCCCCGGCUCCCCUGUUUCCCAACGACGCGUCCCGCCACCCACGGACGAAGUCAACCCGUGGAUUGCACAAGUUUCUAGCAAAGGUGGUCUGACGAAGCACGAGGUCGCGAUCAGCAAAGAGAGCGCCGCGGCGGAGAAAUCCAAGAACAAGCUCCGCAAGCGCGUCAAGAACCGGCUGGAGGAGAAGGCGAAGGCGCUGGAGGACGCCGCGGUAGACGUCUCGUUGUCGACGGUCAUGACGUUGGCCAAUGGCAACGAAGCGGGGCCGUCCAAGGCAGGGCAGCCAUCGAAGCCGAAGUCGAAGCCCACUGCAAAGUCGGCCUCGGUGGCGAAAGGCAAGGCGCGAGCGUCGCAGGCCGAUGACGACAGCGACUCGGACGCCAACAGCGAAGUCGAAGAGCAGGAGAGCGCGCUCACCCAGAAGGGCAAGGGUAAGGUCAAGGCGUUCGAGCAGCGUGACCUUGUCGCCCUCGCCUUCGCGGGUGACAACGUCGUUCAGGAUUUCGCCGAUGCCAAGCGGCGCGAGAUUCAGGAAGACGCGCCAAAAGAGAUCGAUACCACGCUGCCUGGCUGGGGUACAUGGGGUGGCACUGGUACGAAGAAGGCCCCGCCCAAGCCGCACUUCAUCAAGAAGAUCGCGGGAGUCGACCCUACGACGCGCGCAGACUACAAGAAGACGCACGUUGUCAUCUCCGAGAAACGGGACAAGAAAGCGGCGAAGUACCAGGUCAAGGACCUACCUUUCCCGUACACGAGCAAGGCGCAGUUCGACCGCAGCAUGGAGGUUCCACUCGGCACGGAGUGGAAUACGCGUCUUGGGUUCCAGCGUGCAACGCUGCCGAAGGUCGUCACAAAGAUGGGCAAGCUCAUUACACCACUGGAGAAGCAUGCAUGAGCAUGGACUCGCUUGUUUGUAUCGCACAUAUCGUCGUGGUCCUAGUACAUCAUCUGUCUGCACUGCAUACUGUCGCAUUCCCAUUCAUGUCUCCUUAGACUGUCAUUCGCACAAGCAAUAAUGUCAACAACGCUUCCAUCGGCAUUU